CCACGUGACCAGCAACAAAAAUCCAUGGCGGCGCACUGUUCUGCAGGACUUUUAGCAAGAUCAGGAUUGGGGUCCUUACUACGGAGAGUAUGUUGUGGUCCCUCAACAGCCCUGCUGUGUCAGCAACGUCGUCGCUUCUUCUGGAGAAAGUGGAAAAGUUCUCAAAAUGUAGUUCGUCCUGCGACUGUGAGGCCUGCUUAUGCAGUACCAAAGCACAUUGUGCGGCCCGACUAUGUAGGCACUGGUCUGGUCCCAGAAUGGCCAGACUACAUAGAAAUCAAAGGUCAAGAGCAGAUUGAAGGUCUUGCCAGAGCAUGUCAGCUAGCAAGACAAGUACUGCUGCUUGCUGGAAGCAGUCUCAAGGUUGGUAUGACAACAGAUGAAAUAGACUUCAUCGUGCAUCAGGAUAUAAUCAAGCACAAUGCCUACCCAUCCCCUCUGAGAUAUGGAGGUUUCCCAAAGUCGGUGUGUACAUCUGUGAACAACGUGGUCUGUCAUGGCAUACCUGACAGUCGGCAACUUCAAGAUGGAGAUAUUAUCAACAUCGAUGUCACUGUAUACCUGGAUGGUUACCAUGGUGACACCUCAGAAACCUUCUUAAUUGGCCAGGUGGAUGAAGUUGGGCAGCGACUGGUGGAAACAGCCAGACGUUGCAGAGAUGAGGCAAUCGCUACUUGCAAGCCUGGUGCACAGCUUUGUGUUAUUGGAAACACUAUCAGUGAAAUAGCCCAUGCCAGUGGCUUUCAGGUCUGUCCUUAUUUCAUUGGGCAUGGAAUUGGCUCCUACUUUCAUUGCCAUCCUGAGAUCUGGCACCAUGCUAACGACAAUGACAUGACUAUGGAUGAAGGGAUGGCUUUUACAAUAGAGCCCAUACUGAUGGAGGGUUCUGCAGAGUUUAAAAUCCUGAAGGACAAGUGGACAGCGGUGUCUGCAGAUGAUAAAAGGUCGGCUCAGUUUGAACACACGGUGGUCAUCACAUCUGACGGAGUGGAGAUUCUCACUAGACUACCAGAAGAGAGCAAUCUCUGACCUGCACAACUCUACCUCCUUACCCUUUCAUGAAAUGUUAGAAAUCUGUUUACACACUACAACAAAACACGGCCAAGGGACUUAAAUGAUGACUCACCAAGACUCAAAUGUAUUUCUACCUUUACAGUUAGAAACACGUUUUAUAUGUUUCUUCCUGUAAAGUAUUAUAAAUAAAACCAUUAAAUCAAAUUUCUUAUUUAUUUUUAAAAUAAAAAUGGGCUCAUCACACGUACAGUAUCUGUAUAUUCACGUUGACUAAGGUGGUAUUUUUACUCGAGACUGGAACAUAGAGAGAAAGUGUCUGCAUCUUUAAUCUUAGUAUGGGAAUCCAAUGCUGCCGGGAUUCAGUCUUUCCUUAUGUUAGCCCCUCCAGUGGUCAAAUUGAAUAUAAUUAUUUCAAACUGA